UUUGAAUCAUUCCGUUUACCCAAUUUUAGGUUUUGGUUAACCUAAAUCACGUAAUCCCCAUUCCCCACCUCCCCCUCCACUUUCCCAUUCCAUUCCCUUCCCCAUUCAGCUCCUGCUUCCUUCCUCGCCUCCCUACUGCUGCUGCUGCCUCCUUCCUCGCGCCUCCCUCCUCGCGCCUCCUUGCUGCUGCUGCUGCGCCUCCAUUAACGGAAUCUCCAUUAACAGAGGAUGGAUGAAAGUAGUGCUAGUGGAGGUGGAAGGGGAAAAAACAAACGAUUUUGGACUGCCCAAGAAGAUAAGGCUCUUGUGGAAGCCUUGUCAGAGUUAGCUGUUGAUCCUCACUGGAGGUGUGAAAAUGGAUUUAGAAGCGGCUACAUGGUUCGCUUAGAGGAGCUCAUAGGUAAGGCUCUUCCUGGUUGUGGUUUGAAGGCUCUGCCACACAUUGAUUCUCGACUUAAGACACUUGUAGCCAAGUUUAGGGCUAUUUCUCAAAUGUUAAAUACAAGUGGAUUCGUCUGGGAUGAUGAAAAAAAAAUGAUUUCUGUAGAUCGGGCUGUUUAUGACGAGUAUUGCAAGAAUCAUCCGAAUUGCAAAAACCUGUUUGGAGUUUCAUUUCCGCACUUUCAUGAACUAAUGAAUGUUUACGGCAAGGAUUACGCUACCGGAAAACCAGCUGAAGAUUAUGUUGAAGCAAUACAGAAUUUGCAAAACGUUGCCCCUCCACAAGUUACACUUGAUUCAAGUGAUGAUGAGGGAAUUGAUGCUAGUGGUAAUGCCACUCAAACUGUUACUUCUCCUCCUGCUAAAAAAAUGAAAACUGAAAAAACUUCUAAUAAAAGAAGUAAGAGAGGAAAUGCUGGUGAAGGUAGUUCUAAUGAGUUGGCUAGCUUACAAGCAUUCAUGAAAGACAUGAAUGUUCAUCUUUCAACUAUGGCAAAUGUGAUGGCCCGCACUGAUGAUCGUGAGCAAAAAGUAGUUGAACAGACUGAGAAAGUGUUAGAGGAACUACUAUCUUUUAAUUUAGAAGGUGUAACUCCUAACCAAGUUUUUGAAGUGGCUAACAUUCUAACCUCACAACCAAACAAGCUCCUCAUAUUUUCAAAGUGUCCCGACGCUUUGAAAAGUGAUUAUGUUAAGAGUCUUCUUGGAGGAAAUAGUAAUGCUUAGAUCUAAUGUUGUGGUUCCAUGAAUGAUUUUGAAAAGGACUAGAACACUUUUCGUAUGUAUUUUGAUCUACAAACAAGUCAUUAUAUGUAAUUAAUCGAGCUACGUUGUUAUUAUUUAGAGUUAUGUUUUUUCAAAAAAUAAUUUUUUCAAGUUUAUCAUAUAACAACUACUUAUUUUUGGAGAAAAUAUAAAAGAAUUUAAAAAAUCAAAUUUUGAUUCCUUAGCUUGAACCAAACAGUCACAAAGGGAAUCAUUCAGCAGUUCAUUCCGUUUCCUGAACACAACCAAACAACUAGGCUAAAUUAGGGGAAUCCAUUUCUUUCUCCUUCAUUCCCUUUCCUGAUUCCAUUCCGAUUCCCUUGUGCGAACCAAACGGCCCCUUAGUGCUUACUUGAUUGCCCUAAGAUGUCAAAUACCAAUAAAGAUGCUCAUUCCAACCCUUUUGAGUUAGUGGAAUUUGACUUGUCGUUUUGUAAGUUGUAAGAAUUGAAUUCUUAUAACGAGGGUAAUGAAAGGAAAAUAAAAGUGGUUAGCUUUCAAAGUAAAUUGUUAUAGCUUUGCAAAAUUUUUUUGGAGUACAGGAUAUGUCGAGAAAAGCAGAGCUAUGUGAAAGAAGCAGAGCUAUGUGAAAAUCAAACUCAAAAAUUACCAAGACUUGAUUCUCUUUGCAAUCUUAGUACGAAUUUUAUUGUUCUAAAACAGAGACCUAAGCUAUUGAUCUUCUUAACAAAAAAUAGCAAUUUAUCUACAAGAAAUAAUAUUUUCAACCAAAUUAAUAAUUGUUUAAGUAACCAUUAAUAAUCUCAAA